AUGGCAUGUUCGGUUUGGGUGACCUCGCUGAGAGGCAGCGAGACCUGGGAGGGAGGAGAGACCAGCGGCGUUGGCGACCUUUUCGGAGCUGGUCAGCACAAAGGAAGGAAGGACGGCUGGCGUAUCAAAACCGCGGGAUCAAGAGAUCCGGAAAGACAACAACAAGCCGUUGGUCAACAAAUGGGGCAGGGUGUCGAAGUGGUGAGAAAUGGUUGUCAUGGUCACGGAAAGGGCCGGUACAAAGAAUGGACUGGUGCAGAAAUCAUGGAAGACGUGCUGCGGGCACUGCCAGAGUUGCGUGACAAGAGCAACAGGCGAAGAACAGGCAGUGACAGGCCCUUCCUUGCCCUCACAGAGGUACGGGUACAAGUCCUCAGCUGGAGGGGUUCCAAGGGAGCCAACCGGGCCGGAAGAGAUUGGGGGAAACCUCGACGGAGCAGCCGGCGUGUAAGAAAAGAAGGAGGAGAGCGCGGGCGGAGGAAAGCGGGAAGAACGAGGGCAGCCAGUCACGAUGGCGAUGCUUGGAGGAGGAGGAGGAGGAGGAGGAGACCAGGGAGACGCACCCAAGUCAUCACCAAUGUGAGCGUCAAUGUUCACUUCCUGUCUGCCUGCCCAUCGCUCGUAUGUUCCAUUUCUUUCCGUCUCUCUGUCACUUAUCUCCCACCUGAAUCGGCAUUGAGAAAGAUCGGUGCAUGCCACCAUAUUGCAAAGCACAUGAAAGUGCGCAUGGUUGGUGGUCAAUGCUCCUGGAUUCUCAAUCCAUGUCGCUAA